AUGCUACUUCCCAAAUUUAUUCGCAAUGAAGCCAUUGACAAAGACCCCCCAGAGAUUUACAACCUCCGGACCAUACUCGUUAGCUUAGUGGCAUGUGGCGGUGCCUUACUAUUUGGGAUGGAUAUGGGCGUUAUCGGGGGUGUUCUGACCAUGGAGCCUUUUAAAGAAAAAUACGGCCUAGACAAAAGAUCUCCCACAGAAAGAGCCAAUCUUUCUUCGAAUAUAGUCUCUGUCAUUCAAGCGGGAGCCUUUGCGGGAUGCUUCCUCUCAAUGUGGCUUGCUAACCGCAUUGGUCGCCGCAUGUCACUGAUAGUAGCCUCGAUUCUCGUUUUCAUCGGCGUCGCAUUACAAGCCGCGGCUUCUGGAUAUAUUGCAUCUCUGUAUGUUGGCAGAUUCAUUGCGGGGAUUGCGAUUGGGAUUGCGUCAAGUGUCAACCCACUCUAUGUUUCAGAAAAUGCCCCCAGGGGUAUUCGAGGGCUGCUUACUGGAUUCUAUCAACUGAGCAUUGUCACUGGUCUCACUCUCGCCUUUUGGAUCAACUAUGGAUGUAUCCUCCAUGUCAACGGACCUGCUCAGUACAUUAUCCCUCUUUCAUUACAAGCACUUCCGGCCGUUAUCCUCUUCGUUGGCAUGAUUCUCGCGAACGAAUCUCCCCGAUUCCUGGCCAUGAAAUCACCAGACAAGGCUCUGGCUGUUUUAUCCAAAUUGCGUGGUCUAUCCGCAGACCAUUCUUACGUACGAGAUGAAAUGGAAGGCAUCCUUCUGCAGCUAGAAGAAGAGCGAUCGUUGGGAGCGCAAGGCUCCGGUCUUACGCUUGUGAAGGAGGCUUUCGCGACUCGAGCUAAUCAACGACGCACAUUUCUUUGCAUCACCUUAAUGAUGUGGAGUAACUUGACAGGAACCAACGCUAUGACGUAUUAUAGUCCUGAUAUUUUCAGCAGCAUGGGGUUAUCGGACUCAUCCGCGGGACUUUUUGCGACUGGAAUUUACGGAAUAGUCAAACUCGUGGCUUGCUUUGUUUUCAUAGUCUUCGUGACCGAUUCCCUGGCCGGAGAAAGAGUCUUCUUUGGACUGGGUCUCAUGCUAUUUUAUAUUGGCUUUUAUAUUCGCUUUGAUCCGCCGACUGGUGAUUCUGGGCCCACCUCGGCGGGAUAUGUCGCAUUGGUUGCCAUUUACAUUUUUGCAGCUGUCUAUCAAUUCGGCUGGGGACCUGUUGUCUGGACAUACUGCUCGGAAAUACCCGCCGCUCGUCUACGACCUCUUCAAAUGGGCAUGGCUACAGCUAGUCAGUGGUUGUUCAACUUUGUGGUAGCUAAGGCUACGCCAAGUAUGUUUGCAACGUUGGGUGUCAAUGGAUUCGGGACGUACUUCAUAUACGGGUCCUUCUGCUUCACUAUGGUUGUGUUUGCGUGGUUCUUUGUACCGGAAACGAAAGGUCUGUCACUCGAAGAUAUGAAUGAGCUCUUUGAACAAAACAAUCUGAGGGCAAAGUUCACUCCUUCUCGUUUUGAAGGCAGAGGAGACGAUCGAGAGCUGAAGACAGAAGUCCAUCCUUCCACGGAGCAUGUGGAUUAUGUUAAGAGGACUGUUUAG